AUGGCCGCGGCGAUCGCCAGCUCCCUCAUUCGGCAGAAGAGGCAGGCGAGGGAGCGGGAGAAGGCGAAUGCCUGCCGCUGCGCAAGCAGUCCGGAUAAUUGCAAAGCAGGGGACAGAGGACCCUGUGAGAAACCGAGCAAGCUGAACGUGUUCUCACGCGUCAAACUCUUUGGCUCUAAGAAACGGAAGAGAAUAAGGCGACCAGAGCCCCAGCUCAAGGGGAUAGUGACAAGGCUGUACAGCCGCACAGGCUUCCACCUUCAGAUGCAAGCUGAUGGAACCAUCAAUGGAACCAAGGACGAGGACAACAGCCAUGCUGUGUUCAACCUCAUUCCUGUUGGGCUGCGAGUUGUGGCCAUCCAGGGGGUUCAGACCAAGCUCUACCUGGCCAUGAACAAUGACGGCUUCCUGUAUACCUCUGAGCACUUCACCCCAGAGUGUAAGUUCAAGGAGUCGGUGUUUGAGAACUACUACGUGACCUACUCCUCCAUGAUCUACAGACAGCAGCAGUCAGGCAGGGCCUGGUAUCUUGGCCUCAAUAAAGAGGGGGUCAUCAUGAAGGGCAACCAUGUGAAGAAGAAUAAACCAGCGGCCCACUUCAUCCCUAAACCACUGAAAGUUGCCAUGUACAGAGAACCCUCACUCCAUGACCUGACCGAGUUCUCCCGCUCGGGGAGCGGUACUCCCACCAAGAGCCGGAGUGCGUCGGGCUUGCUGAACGGUGGAGGGAAGACACUGAGCCAGAACGAGCAGUCCACAUAGCUGUGGGGAUCAGCCUCGGGCAGAGGGCGGCUCUCCCAAUCGUACAGUAAGCAGACUCAACUGAUCCUCGUCAAACUGAACAGGUGGAGAGCAAGGACAUUAGCUUAGUGUGUACUGAAACCACUGUGACAGACUAUGACAUCAACAAUGAAAUAAAUCCAUGAGCUUCUGUGGGUCAACUUUGCUAUGAACUUUGAUACAAAAGGCCUAAACCAUUUUGCUGGUCAGGAGUAUA